UUUAUGCUUUGCAUUGUUACGUCAUAAUUCGUGCGCCCGAGGCUUGUGUGACGUCACAAUUAUAGAGAGCGACGUCUCGAAUUAUUUUGAGUUCGAAAACUUGUUGUUGGUUGGUAUGUAAGGUAGCAUGGUGUAUUGGUAGCCAUGGGUUUUUGAGGGUGGAUGUAUGAUGUUAUUAUCGUAUCUAUGUGUGUGUGUGUGUUGUAUUGGUAGCUAUGCAUGUACGUGCGUCGGUUAGAAGCAACCACAAGUUAGAGGCAGGGCGUUAUAUAUAGCAGUGAAUAUUGUCUUUGUGAGGAUUUAAGGUUUUCCUACUUGUAAGGUGUGGUGGUGUUUGCUGCUUAGUUAAACUUCGCAUAUCAUUCAUGGUUGUCGAUAUGUUGAUUAUGAUGUCACAUACGUACUAUUGUUAAAGAGAAAUAAGUUGGAUUGUGACGUAACUGAGCUUUCCACGAAAACAAUGAAUAUGUCGUGACAAUGCGUCGUGUCGACAUAUCGUUCGAAUAAUGAUCAUUGUUUAUUGUGAUGUCAUAAAAAAGGUUUUGAUGCAGAUGAAACAAUAGGCAUUAAUAUCAAACAAUCAUGUUUGUGACGUAACAAUACAACAACAAUGCUGAUAGACUUAGACAAUCCUGUGAUAAAUCUUUCACCGCAAGAUGUCGCCACACGACCAGAAUAUUUACCCCUAAAUAAAAGGAGUCCCCGAUUCCACCCUUCCUUGCCCCCAACCCCCGAAGCCGCACCCAGGUCGUAUUGUAGCUUACCCACGGCGUUACGUAGAUAUGACGUCACAGAAAGGUCCUGCGUCAUUACGCAAAGUGACGUCACGAUACGUAAUUCUAGCGGGAAAUGCUGUAAUUGGCUGGUCCAUAAAUGGCGCCAUUUAUUCGGGAAAACACCGAAACGUGACGUCUCCGUGUUGUGUGACGUCACAAAAUAUCACGUGACGUCACCAAAGACUUCUCGAAAACUGACAAACGGGUUUCGAAGGCGGGCCGCGACAGCGCCUUCAAUGUCCAUAUUUGGACAGGAGAAUAAAAGAGAAUGGGGCAUUGAACGUCAUGAUGACGUCAUAUAUGCUGUAAUGUUAAAGCGAAUCCAUCAAAGUCCUCAUAGUGGGGCAUCGGACGGAUUACUUUGGGAAACUCAUAAAGUUCGAUAUAUUAAAGCUGCAACAUUACAACACUUGGUGGCGCAUCUGUGUAAUAUUGAUGACGUAGGAGAGAGGAAUUACGUUACUGUGUUCCUUGCAACGUACAGGUCGUUCGCUACCGCUGAUGACGUCGUCAAACUCGUUAUAGAAGAAUGGAACAAAACAAAAAAGGAUUCUGCGCAAAAAAGAAUUUCAUUAUUCAGAUCGAUCGAGCGUUUAUUACGAACAUGGUUGAAACGACAUUUCAACGAUGACUUCUACCAUCCACCAGAGUGCGCUCUACUCCACAAACUUCUUCGUUUCGUCAACGAUUGUUUAAACGAUAUACCUGGUUAUGACAUCACAACUAAGGGUGAUGACAUCAUCACUUUCUUGAGGUCAAAGGUCAACGAGGUGGAACUUCAAAGAUUUCAAGAGAAAUGUUUGGAAGAGUUGAAUUAUCUCCCAUUCUCUUCCAUUGAUGAUGUCACAAACGACCCCAUUGUUAACGACAAUGCAGCGAAAACAUUACUGGAUAUUUUCACUUCUGUUCAUGUGGCUGAGCAACUUACUAUCAAAGAUGCAAACCUUUUCAUGCGCACGGUUCCGCAUCAUUGCUUAACUGCCGUGAGGUCAUCAAAGGGGAAACCCCCUUCUGUGAGAGCUACCAUUGAUGAAUUCAACAAAGUAGUUUACUGCGUGUUGGGCACGACAUUAUGUACGACACUCAAGUUGCAACAGCGAUCAAAGAUGUUAAGCAAAUGGAUUGAAAUAGCGCAGGAAUGUCGUGAGUUGAAGAACUUCUCCUCGUUACGAGCGAUAGUAUCCGGAUUACAAACCCACGCGUUGCAUCGAUUGAAGAGGGCGUGGCAGGGCGUGCCUCAUACGCACGUCGAGCUACUACAUGAGUUAAGCGAUAUUAAUAUGAAGGAUUUAAUAAUGAAGGUUGGCACAGCCAAAGUGAACACAGAAAGGAGCGGGAUAAUGCGUUGGGAUAAAGAUGCGUUGUCACGGCGCCAACGUGCGGCACGGUCCGGUAUCAUGCUUGGCACGGUGCCGUACCUUGGAUCUUUCCUCACUGAUCUAACUUAUCUACAUACUGCUAAACCUGAUUAUGUUGAGAAUGACCUUAUCAACUUUGACAAGCGACGUAAAGAAUUUGAAUAUUUGGCCCAGCUUCAAUUAUGGCAGGUAUCAUGUCGUAGCUACCAACAUAUUGAGAAGGACGAGCUGUUCUGUGAUUGGUUCGAUUCUGUGGCCCUCCCCGACGAUGAACAAGCGAACAUUUUAUCGAAACAAGUUGAACCUCCUACUACACCUGUAUCACCUGCGGGGAUUCCCCUUAAAAGAUCAAUAUCAGAGAUGUUUCCCGGCAACAACAGCGCGUUCACUCAACCAUAUCAUGUACGUUCCCAUAGCAACGAUAUCAACGAGAGAAUCCCAACGAACGUCACGAGCUCCGAUCCUGAGACUCGUUUCAUCAACGUCAGGAUAAUUCGGAAAGGCAACGAAGGGGGAAUCCCCGAAACCAAGAACAUGACGUUAACCAUCAACGAUCGCUCGCACGCUACGAUCAAGCAAGCAACGAAAUUGUUUGAUAUUGAUGAUGAGUCGGCAAAGUUUUCGCUGAGUCAGAUAUUAGAGGAUAAUAAAGAGUUAAAGAUCCCCGAUACAGCGAACGUAUAUUACGCAAUGCAAAGUUCAUGCACCAACUUUAACUUUGCGUUAAUGGAGGACGGAGCUGAAUAUUCAAAGAUUCCUCUACCUCCCCCUAGUGACAGCCCAUCCCCCAAAAAGAAAGGCCAUCGAAAAACGCCAAGUUUUUCCAGUCAAACUUCACCCAUGAAAAGUAUUUACAAACAUUUAUCUAUUGGGGGGAUUUCCCUUGUUAGUGGCUCGUAUUCCCCAGCGAGGGAAAGUACCAAACAUGAGAACUCAUUUGAAACCCAAGUGUUGCGCCAUCAGUUGUCGCCUCGUAGAGGGGGCAUGUCGGUACAUGAUGGCUCACAUACACCAUCUAGUGACAGUGAUGAUAGUGGUGAUGAAUCAGCAUGGUGGCGUAAGAGAGUCAAGAAGUUGGUUCACGGCAAAGGUCAUAAACGAAAUAGUUCCGAUUCAUCUCGUUCUGUGGAAUCUUUCCUCGAAAAAUUCGAGAAGCCUCGUUUGUACGAUUGUGACAUCACAGAUGAUUGUUACGUCACAGACAAGUCAGCGAGUUUACCGCGCAGUCGAGUUUCAUCUGCGUCGACCGCGUAUUCAUGGACGAGACGACGAGUGGUGCGCAAACAUAACAGCCAACCCAGAAGUUCAUAUGUUCGUGAUACGAUGAGACACCAACUCCAAACAUCCGAAUCGCGAUCAAAGUUCCAUCUGCCCGACCCCGCACAUAGGAGCAGUGUUUCCAUGGAACCCAUCAAUGAAAACAAUGAACGUAACAAACCUACGUACACAAGAUCAGCGAGCAACCCUUGUGUGUUGGAUCUACUGCAAGAUAAUGUGUUUGGUGAAACAAACCCGCCCACUAUAAUAGUACAUUGCCCAUCACCUCGCAAACAAGCAACUAAACCGCGCACUCCCUCAUCAUCAUCAGGGGAAACAACUUAUUUAUAAACUUUUGGUGCAAUAAGCCAUACAUGUGCAAUAAUACUUUAUUAACAUCACAGUGAUUACAAGAUUAUUCGUUAA